CACCGGAAGUGACGUCAUCUCGCGGCGCCGGGAGGUGUCAUGGCGGCGGGCGGCGCGCAGCUGGGCGGCUCGGCCGUGUCGGUUCCGCCGGCUCCUCCCGCUCCGCCGCUCGGUGUGACCGGGUGGGUGCGGGCCGCGUUCCGCUUCGUGACCGACAGGAACGACUUCCGCAGGAACCUGCUGCUGAACGUGGGGCUGUUCGCGGCCGGGGUCUGGGUGGCCCGAAACAUGGCGGACAUCGACCUGAUGGCGCCGCAACCCGGGACGUGACGGCGAACUGCUGCUCCCAUUAAAAGCAGUUCCACGUGAAGCAACACCAAGGAGCAGAAAAACAACCACACAUCAAAGGGAGAAUUCACAUUCAACCCAUCCUGCAGAAGGCAACGAGAGGAGUUUCUCCAUCAUGCAUGGAAUUCUCUCCUGUAUCACCAUUUAGUUCUUUAAUAAAUGUAAUGAAGUGACA